AUGCGCGGAUCCAACCUCAACAAUGCCGCCAGGGAGGGUGCUGAGCUUGAGCAUCACCUCUCGCCUUGGCAGGCAAUGAAGGCAUACCCAAUGGCAAUCUUCUGGGCCGUUCUUGUAUCCAUGUGCGUCGUCAUGGAAGGCUACGACACAAUUCUCAUCGGCAACUUCUUCGCAUACCCCUCCUUCGCCAAGAAGUAUGGGACGUACUUCCCGAAUGUUACCACGAAUGAUGGAUACCAGUUGACUGCUGCGUGGCAAGCUGGUCUUGGAAACGCUUCUGGGGUUGGUGCCUUUUUCGGUGUUCUCCUGAAUGGUUACUUGGUUGGCAUCUUCGGACAGAAGCGUGUGCUCCUCGGCUCUCUCAUCGUCCUGUCGGCAUUUAUAUUUUUGACAUUCUUCGCCCCGAACAUCCAGGUUUUGACAGCAGGCGAAGUCCUUUGCGGUCUGCCUUGGGGUGUCUUCGCUACCAUUGCUCCUGCCUAUGCUUCGGAGGUCUUGCCGCUUUCUCUGAGGGUUUACCUGACUUCCUACACAAAUAUGUGUUUCAUCAUUGGUCAGCUCAUCGCGGCUGGUGUUCUCGAUGGCUGCCUUAAGAUCACAAGUCAGUGGGCCUACAGAAUUCCAUUCGCAAUUCAAUGGACAUGGCCAGCGUUCCUCUUCCCCAUCCUCCUCUUCGCUCCCGAGCCGCCAUGGCAUCUUGUCCGCAAAGGCCGCCUCGAAGAAGCGGAACAUUCUCUGAAACGUCUCGUCCGCUCCUCCGCCGGCAUCGACACCAAAGAGACUCUCGCCAUAAUCGUGCACACCAACAACCUCGAACAAGAGCUCUCAACCGGCACAUCCUAUAUGGACUGCUUCAAAGGCCCCGAGCUCCGUCGCACAGAAAUUGCCUGCGUUACCUUCGCUGGCCAGGUCCUUUCCGGCAGCACCUUCGCCUACAACUCCACCUACUUCUUCCAGCAAGUCGGGCUCUCCUCAGACUUGACCUACAAGCUCAACACUGGUGGAACCGGAAUGGCGCUCUUCGGAACCCUUGUCGCUUGGUUCGCGCUCAUGCCGUAUCUCGGUCGACGAACGAUCUACCUCUGGGGCAUGUUCACCAUGGCCACGAUCCUCUUCGUGAUCGGUAUCCUGAACGUCAAGACACAAGAGCAUGGCAUUGGCAUGACGCAGGCAGUACUCACGCUUGGCUGGACAUUCACUUUCCAACUUUCCGUCGGGCAACUAGGCUGGGCUCUUCCCGCUGAAAUGGGCUCCACCCGCUUGAGACAAAAGACCGUCUGUCUGGCUCGAAACGCGUACUACGUCAUCUCCGUCAUCUCGGGAGUCCUUGAACCGUACUUUAUGAACCCGACAGAGUGGAAUUUGAAGGGUUAUACGGGGUUCAUCUGGGGCGCGACUGCAUUCUUGACCUUCGUGUGGGCAUACUUCCGCUUGCCGGAGACGAGAGGACGCACAUUUGGGGAGCUGGAUAUUCUGUUUGCCAAGAGGGUGCCAGCUAGGAAGUUUGCGGACUACGAUGUUAGUGGUAUUGAGGGUGCAGAUGUCAGUGAGGUUGCGAGGAAAGUAUCGGAGGCUGGGUUCUAA